UGUCCACACUAAUACUACCCCGCAGCGCGUGCCGCUCUCUCUCCCACGUAUCGGCAAGGGAACAACCCGCCCGACUUCUCAAUCGCCAUGGAGAUGGAGGCGAUGGGGAAGCAGCAGCGGGAGGAGGCGCUCCUCCGCGCCGCCUCCGACGGCAACCUCCGACUCCUCAAGAAGAUGGCGAGGUGGAUGGGCUCAGCCGGGCAAGGCGAGGGCGCCGUCCUGGCGGCGGUGGAGGACGGCCAAGGGGACCGCGCGCUGCACCUGGCGGCCGGGGCGGGGCGGGUCGAGGUCUGCAGGUACCUCGUCGAGGACCUCCGCCUCGAUGUCAAUCAACUCAACUUCAUAGGACAUUGUGAAAUAGUAGAACUGCUGCUUUCAAGAGGAAUCGAUGUGAAUUUAGAUUAUGCACAAGGGACACCAUUGCAUGCAGCUGCUAUUUCUACACGACAUGACGCAAUGAAGAUUUUGUUGGAGCACCAUGCCGAUCCUAACAAGGUUUGUGGUCUUGGUUACACCCCAUUGAGUUGGGCCCUCCGGGCCAUCAGGCCCAUGCCAAGAGAGUCGUUGGAAUGUGUCAAGCUGCUUGUUAAGGCUGGUGCUGAUCUGAAUUUUAUUGACUUCGGUGGUGAUAGUUACGUGAUGUUGGCAGUGAAGUUUGGCUUACCUGGUAUCAUGAAGUUCUUACUAAAUGCUGGUGCUAACCCCAAUAUUCCUGAUGAAUGUGGUCGCACACCAAUUGAAGUUGCUGCCUCUACAGGCAGUAGGGACAUGGUUGAAAUGUUAUUCCCUUUAACUUCUCCUAUUUCAACGCUGCCGGACUGGAGUAUUGAUGGAAUCAUUUCUCAUGGGAAACACUAUGGUUUGAAGCCAGGGGAUAAACAAAUGUGCGCAAAGAGAAGAAUAGAACUAAAACAGAAAGCUUCGGAGACUUUUAAGAGAGGGGAAUAUUUUAUGGCAUCGGAGAUGUAUAGUUGUGUAAGUCACUAGGGCCCAUUUUUAUUGCCUGCAGUGAUUGUUAUUUUUUAUAUAUGUAAACUGUUAAUCUCAGUCCAUACUAUAUUUUUGUUCACAUCGAAAAUAGGUUGCAUGUACUGCCACCUCUUUCUGGUAAAACAUGUGUAAUUACGAUGUAGUUGAGCAGUUUGUGUUUUGUAAGCGAGCGGUGAACAUCGUACCUCGUUGGAGGCGACGGUUGCGUGUUAUAUAGGAGGGGCAUACAGAUAGUUGAGAUUACAUCUUGAGAAUCAAGAAAGAAUGGAGAGAAGAGAUGAAUAUUGUUACAUGAGAUCUUGGCUAACUAACUCUAUCUAGCCAAUACGGUUUAGGUAAACCGGUGUGCCUAAGUAGUGCGCCUCUCAACUACGUGACAUAUCAUGUUUAACACCCUUCCAUAAUCACAGCUUUGUUAAGUUGAGAUUACGUUUGAAUUCUUCGAAGCUCCUUGUAGAUAAGGCAUAGGUGAAACCAUAUGCAACUUGAUCUUGGGAAUGAAUAAAACGAAUAUCAAGUUUCUUUGCAGCAACUCUUUAUCUGACAUAGUGAGAAUCUAUUUUGAUAUGUUUGGUCUUUGCAUGAA